GAGACAGCGUCGACCCCCCAAGAAGGAAAUUACAGGCAAUGCAGCAACUGAACGUGAUGUUGCAUGGCGAACAUGCCAAGAACAUGGCACUGCUGGCGAAGCUACGGGGGGUUAUUUACGCAAAACCCCCCGCCGCAGCGGGUUUUACGUAUCGUGAUAUUACAUAAGUACUGGAUGAACUGCACUAGACCGCUUAUGGGGGUUGUUAGCGGUAAGUCCGCCGGCUCGUGGGCUUCGCUGGGGGAGGUCAAGGUCGAAGUGGCAGACGACAGGGCGCCAUUCCAGUUCUUGCAGGAGAAGGGCGACCUCACGGAGGGAGGACUCCGAGACCCCCCUGGCGACGAUGACGGCGUUCAACAUGUCGCAGCUACCGGGGUUACGGGCACAAUCGACCUCUCUAAGGAGCAUCAUGCCCGAUCUGAAGAACCCGUCCAACGUCGAGGACGGGCCGCAGAAGAAGAGGACCGCAAAGAUAUCGAGACAUGGUUGUUAUUGUUCCAGAGUGUUGGCGCAUGGUUAUAAAUCACGGAUAGACACUGUGCUUAUGGCGUUAAGGAGGGCAAUCCAAAUGAGGGUGUUUGUUCUCUUGACCUUGUUCCCGCUCUUCUUGUCUUUUGCUGACCUGGGGCUGCGGGGGCGACGUCCGUGUCUCCCAUACCAUACCAUGGUUAUAUCGCUUAUGAUUUAAUGUGGCGAGAGGAAGAGAGAUCGUGCUCACAGCUCUGCGAUUCCCAUUUACGUUCUUGAGGGUGUCUACAGUACUAGUUUAGUAGGGUGGGGCGAUCGGGGAUUAUAUUAAGCCGAUGGACGAUAGGUUUAGCUGAAAGUUGCCCGAUCAGGGGAAGAUAAAAGGGGCGAUAGACAGAUCGAUGGAGCGACAACUAAUCCUCACUUUCUUCACACAUACCUACCUUUUCUUGUACUAUAC